UGGAGGUUAUUAAUCACAGUUCAGACAUGAGUGAAAUUAAAUACACAAUUGGAGUGUUGUGUAAAUUAUUGAAUUUACUAUUUCACGAUGUAAAUUUGUCAGUUGAACAUUUUCGUAUGGCCAAAGAGAACAAAAACAAUAAAAUUCUGAUGGAAACUUUAGGAAAAUUAUUACGAAAUUUAAAAUACGAGAAAAUUGACUUUGGUGAUUUUUCAAAGUCCCUGAAAUUUGGUAGCAGAAAGAUGCUUUUCUUGAUUACCUUUAUAAUUGCAAAGCCAUCAUUGGACCAAUUAUUUUUUGAUAAAUUGAAGACGUCACCCUUCGAUGAAAACUAUGAUUUCUUAAAAGUAGAAAAUCGGAAGCAUGGUAAUAUUUUUAAUCUUGUUAAUGAGGAGGAACGAAAUUAUGACUUAAUGUUGUGGAUUAAAGGGAAGUUGGAGCAAAAUUUGAUGCAAAUUCAAGAAUAUAAAAAGCAAAAUAAAACAAUUAUAAAAAAAUUACAUGUAAAUAGUUCUGACAAUUCAGAUAAUUUAUCUGUAAACAAAAUUUUGGCAUUAUCAAACAAGUUUUUAUGCAAACAGUUUAUGGAAGAGACGAACGAAUUGAUGGAUACUUUGGAAAAUUUGUUAAUCUGGAAACGGAAGGAACAUGUCUUUUGGAAAUGGAUGAAAGAAAUUUUAUAAGAAAAUCGUUAAAUUACUUCUAACUUAUAUAUAAUUAUUGGCCACGGAUUUGUAGCAAUAUUGUACAUAUGAAC